UCUUUCAGUAGUCCACGGCUGAUGUGUGUGUGUAUGCGCGCGUGUUUCUCAGUGAGAAGGCGCUUUCAGUGUGCAGAGUAAAAGCAAGCAAGCAAGCCAGCCAUGGUAGGGUGCUGGGAUGUAGGAGACAGAAAGAGGGAAGCCCCUCUGGGCCACACUACAGCAGACCCCCUUUGACCCUUUUCUAGCAGGCAGGCAACGUCUUGGGAUUUUUUAAUUAUUAGCAAAGAAUCUCUGCCUCUCUGUCCCUCCUCUAGAGCAGCCUUUGGCCUGCCUGAUUAUAGAACAGAGAAACAGCACAGCAGUAAACUGCAGUUUCUCAGCUGCCAAGCUGUAGUUAACUGCCAUCUUUUUCUCUUCAUUAUUUGUAUAUAUAUUUUUACUGGAAAGAAUUUCCAUAUUUGUGGAGUGUAUUUGGCAGGCCAAGAAUAAAUCCAGAUUUGACUUGCUGCGUUGAAUGAUGGAAGUGACAUUGGGCCAGUGGCUGCUGAUCGUCCUGCUCAUCCUCUUGCCUCUUCUGUAUGAGUGGAGUGUCUCAUUUAAGUAUUUCUGCAAGGUGGCCUUCUACAAUGGAUGGAUUCUGUUACUGGCUGUCCUCGCCAUACCAAUCUGUGCUGUCAGGGGACGUAAUGUAGAAAACAUGAAAGUACUGCGAUUCAUGCUGCUGCACAUAAAAUACCUCUAUGGGAUAAAGAUUGAAGUGAAGGGCUGGGAGAACUUCUGGAUCAAGGAACCUUAUGUAGUUGUCUCCAAUCAUCAGAGCUCCCUCGACUUGCUUGGUAUGAUGGAGAUUCUACCUAAUCGCUGUGUACCUAUCGCCAAAAGGGAGCUGAUGUACGCUGGUACUGCUGGCCUGGCCUGCUGGCUCUCUGGUGUCAUCUUUAUCAACCGCAAGAAAACUGAUGAUGCUAUCAGUGUGAUGUGUGAGGUGGCGAACACCAUGAUAAAGGAGGAUGUGAGAGUUUGGAUAUUUCCAGAAGGAACUAGGAACCACGAUGGCUCGAUGCUUCCUUUCAAACGUGGAGCUUUCCAUCUCGCUGUUCAAGCACAAGUGCCCAUAAUACCUGUGGUAAUGUCCUCAUACCGUGACUUCUUUAACAAAUAUGAGAAAAAGUUUACUACGGGAAAAUGCACAGUUCGAAUCCUUCCUAAGAUCGACACCAGAGGGAUGGAUGCAGAUGACGUCCCAGAACUGACAGAAACCGUCAGAAAAAUAAUGCUGUCUGCAUUUUAUGAAAUUUCAGGAGAGACACGAGAAAAGGAUUCCAUACAGUGAAAGGGAGGAGAACAAAGUUCAGUUAAAUGUGAAAUGGAUAAAAGCCCUUCAGGACAGAACAGAUAUGACCAGGAGGAGCAGUCUUGCCUUGGAACUAACCAAAUGUUCACUUCAGAGUUAGACGACUGGAUUUAUUCAUGGCUCUACAUGUCCCCUUCAGCUCAUCUACAUGGAAUGAUCCACCUUACUCUGUCAGCAGCAUGGCAUGUUCCAUUUUACCUUGACUAGAGGGCUAAGGGUGUCCACUGAAUCAUGAUGCCAUCUUGUUUAAACCAUAACAUUUUUAAUAUUGCAGUAUUUGUUACCUGCAGGCAUGGUGGAUUUUUUGUUGAUAUUCUGCUAAAUAUUUAUUUGUUCACCUUUUUAAUUUAAUUUUUUUAAAUUUAGAAAUGCAGUUUUCCAGUUACAACAUAUAGGUGUUUGAUGUAAAAAAAAUUACCAAUACUUGGUACAUUUGUUUGAGAGGUCUUACAGUGGAAUGCUCAUUCAGUGAAUGUAGGAUGUCGCUGUGGAAGUAGGAGUAGCUGUUUUGCUACAUUUCCUGUAGGUAUGCCUGUAUGUCUGCCAUCUUGGUAAAGUGAUCAGUUAAAUAGACAUCUUCAUGUAGACCAAAAUACUGACUUUUGUCAACCCAGCCAGUGCCGUGCUGUGUAGUUCUACCCUCAGGCUCUGCUUUCUUUAAGUAAGAGACACGCUUGAAUGGGUAGCGGUAGUGAUAACAAGAAAAGACAGUAAGGUUUGCCUAGCUGUGUUGUGGCAGCAUGUUGAUGGAAGGUAGAAGUGCCACAAUUCAUAAUAAGAAUAAGAUAUAGCUAUUAAUCGUUGCUACGUUCUUCUUUCUUAUCCCCAGAAACACAGCUGUUACCAUAUGAAGGACAUUUUGAAUUAAAAUGGCAGCUAUAUCAGAAGGAUUGCCAAGAGUCCAUGGCCAGUCGGCCGUGGUACAAGUAAAAUAGUUGUGCAGGUUACAUGGCCAUUAGGAGUAAAAAAGUUUCUAUCCUUCAGGUAGUUAUUCAUGGAAGGUACCCAAAAACCUGUUGGUUGCAGGAUUACACUUUGUUGCCACUAAUAAUUUUGUAGCAUUUAAUCUAGUAAUAACUUUUAAUGCAAACUUUAGCCCAGCCAUAUUACAGCAGGAAUGCUUUGAGCAUACUAAAGCCCAUCAUAACUUGUUGAAUUUAGUGUAAUUGAAUUGUUAAACCCGCCUGACUUAGUGAUGUUUCUUCUUGUAAGCCAUCUGGAAGAUAUCAUUCUCACCACAGAAGACUGUCACUGGACAGAUUGCAUGAAUUUUUACUACUUGAUUGAUCUGUAUUAUUUAGAAUACGUAUCUUGUUCAUACCCAUAUUCACUGAUUUCCACAGAAACCAGUUGGACAGCGUUGUAGUUUUCCGCAAUCCUUCCGUAGGUGCCACACAUCUUUUCUAGUAUCUUGUUUUUGACACAUGUAGAUAAUGUCCUGUUCUUUGCACAGCUUGAAUUCUUAUUUCAUUUCACACCUGAUAGACAGGCCUUUGUUUUGUUACUUUUGGUGGCAUUAAAAUGGCUUGGCAUCUUUAAGCACUUAGAACAGAAACUGACUACACACCAUUAGCACUUUCAAACUAUUGAAAGAAUUGACCCUUUUCAACUGACAGUUUUUUUUUUUUUAAACUACAGGAAACUAAAGAUCAGUGACAUUUCCAGACUAGUUUUACACGUGUCUUGUAGUUCUGUUUUUUUUUAUUACUGAUGGACAAAGAGAACUCAAGUUUCAGAUUCUGUGGCAGAAAGAAAUUCCAAGCAUCAUUAACUAGUACAAGCAAUGUGUUAAUUUAUUAUCCUGCUGGAAGCCUGACAUUUACAAAGUCAUCCACUGUACAUAUUUGUUUCCAGACUUGCUUGCAAUCAGGAUCAGUGGGAUAUUCCAGAGGCACCAGCCGUAUGACACAUUCCGUUUUUUAAAAUCCCUGAAUUCUUGCUGACCAUCUAUCCUACUCUCCUGAAUGUGAGAAUUCUGUGACCCACUUGAUCCUUCUGGAUUAGAGCCAAAUGAACUAGGAGCAGGGACAUCAUCCAUAUGUCAGACAUCUUGUCCACACUUCUUGCACCCUUCCCAUAGAGACAUGCACCUUUGCUGUUUGCAGAGGAAGCACAUGUGCUGCCAUACUAAACAUUCUCUCAUAAGCUGUGCAUGUUUGCAGCAUGGGUUACUAGGCUCAUUGCUGCAGGUGUCACCAAUGCAUUGAGCUAUACUCACUCCUAAAAUGAACAAGUUGGAAUUAGCCCCUCACUCCCACUGUUCUCUACUUGGUCCCUCAACAUCUGUGCCAGUGAUUGAAAACAUUCUACCUGGACAUACUGAUGGCUUUAUCCCUGUAUUCCACUUGGCCAGUGACACACCUCAUGUUCUGUGUUCCUUCAUAGCCCUCACACAAGAAUAUAUGAACCAGUUUAGUACUGCCUUGUCAUCUAAUACAUGAUCAUCCCAUACCUGCAGUUUGACAUGUAGUGUCUGCAUUGCAUAAUAUGAGCAUGAUUUGGUGCAGUCUGCUAACAAUUUCUCUUGUCAUUAGCUACCACAUGAAAGGCCAAGGUUUACUUGGUUUCAGUCGCACUCGUACUCACUCUCAGUUGUACUCGUACUCGGUCUCAGUCGCACACAGUCUCAGUCACACUCGGUCUCAGUCCCACUCAUACUGAGUCUCAGUCCCACUCGCACCAAGUCUCAGUCCCACUCAUACUGAGUCUCAGUCCCACUCAUCACUCAGUCUCUGUCCCACUUGUUACUCAGUCUCUGUCCCACUCGUUACUCAGUCUCUGUCCCACUCGUUACUCAGUCUCUGUCCCACUCGUUACUCAGUCUCUGUCCACUCGUUAUUCAGUCUUUGCCCCACUCAUGAUAGUCAUCAGUGGGUAAAAUAAUGCUUUUAGAAAAUAGAGAGAUAGGGAACAGAAGAAGGCAUGGGGACAGUUAAACCAAGCAGGUCCAAGAGAGGAAAUUAAGUUCUUCUUUACAAAGGAAGUCAGAGAUGCUUAGCAUGAUUUCCAAAAGAAGUAGCUGAGUGGAAAGAUAAAGAAGGGUUUAGGGGAUCAUAGGAUAAGAUGGAAUACAAGUAGGAAUGAGGUGGGUUUGCUGCUUUAUGACUACUUGUGUAUUUAACUGAAAUAGAUAUUAGUGACCCCCAUUACACGUUUAUGUUCAUAUCUGCUUUCAGUCUUCACCCUAUUAAUCAUUGGUUGAUUACAGAGUAGUGGAGGUUGGCAUAGUGGUAAAGAUGUUUACCUGACAGACACAAGGUACAGGGGUUGGAAUCUCACUAGGGAAAUAUGACUAGGCAUAAAAAGGCCCCCCAAGGGUCAUUAGACUAGUAAUUACCUAUGGACCUGAACAAUACAAUACAACAGACAAAUUAGUCUGAAGCAGUGAUUAACAAUGUAUGACCAUUUGGAGUAAUAGUAUAAGUGUUUAUAUCCCAUAGCCCAUCUGUAUUGCAGGGUACUUUCUCUGAUUUCUGACACACCCUUCCUUCCACACCAAGCAGUUAUUUCCCUGUCUUCUGUGAAAAAUUAACCAGAAGAGGUGAAACUUAAUGGAAAGAAGAAUAGGAGUUCCAAGAGGUGCAAAUGAGUUCACAAGUCCUGCCUUCCUUAACUUCUAACUUUGUCCUUCACUGAUGAUGUUUUUUUAUGGAGCCAGCCACAGAGGGCAUUGUGAAACUAGCAGAUCUUCUCUGAGGGUUGAUUAGGUUGUGAUACAAAGUGGUACUGACACAUCAGCCUGUUACAGAUGUGUAGAAGCAGUCUUCCAGCAGACCCAGACACACGCCCAGGCACACAAUUCAGCAGACUACUGACGGAGCAUGCCUCCCUUUGCUUAGGCAUUUUAGCAUCACUCUCAAUCCAUGCUUGAGACUUCUUGAAAAGUAGGGAAAGGAAAUCAUGCACAAGUAGAUUGUUGGACCUGUUAGUAAUCAUUUUCAAGAAAUAGGAACUGGGCCAUUUAUAAUUCUUGAACCUAGACCUUAGUAUAGUUGGAUUUAAUAACUCAGCUGAUCAUAGGUUCAUAGGUAGGUACUAGACUAUCGGCCCUAGGACCUAUACAAGCCAAGCCAAAAAGGUACCCU